AUGGGUGGCAAAGGAGGCGGUUCUGGCAAAGGUGGCGACGGUGGCAAGGGCAAGAUUCCCUGGGCGCCGUGGCACCGUGGCUGGAGCUCGCCGACGACGGCAGAUCCAGCUUGGAGCCCUCAAGAUGUGCGUGCUUGGCCUCCUCUUCGCCCUGGUCUUCAGACUCCUGACGACAGCGAUAGCAGCUGGCAGUUCGUCGGGGUUCGUGGCAAGUCCAAGGGCCAGAAGGGGAAGUACGGUCACUGUGGUUGCGCACGUAACGAGGCUCGGUUCUAUUUCUGCAAGCGCUGCGGGGCCCUCAAGGGCGAGGCCAUGGAGCCGACGGUGGUGCUGGCGGAUCAGGUGCUAAAAGGAAGGGUGCAGCCAGCGCUGGGAAGGGCGGAGGCAAAGACGGCCCUCUCCCAGGCCUGCGCCAAGAACGAGUCUCUCCAGGCGCAGUUUGAUGCACAGCAGCAGCUUGUGGUGCAGUUCAGGAGCGAACGCGCGGAGGCCAACGAGGAGCAUUCUAGAUUGGUACGGCUCCUGGCAGAGAAGCCUCCUGAGGAGCCAUCGGUCCCCCAGCUGCCUGCAGAGGUGCUCUUCGACCAGGCUAAGCUCGAGAAGUUCUUCGACAUCGACUUCGGCAACAUGUUCAAAUUGGACGGUGACACCGGGCUCGGGACUGAGGAUGCGGAGCAGCUCCCCAAGCGCGCGGGCCAGCUCAAAGACGGCUCCGCGGAUCUGGCCAAUAUUUUUUCUGAGGCCAAAGCCAAAAUGGACGCGGCUAAGCUGGAGCACGCUGGCUUGGUGGACAGGCUCCAGAAGCAGAGGGGGGGCCGCGCCUUGGCCUGCUCGGUGGAAAUUCCUGCCCCCCCCCCUUUCACGGUGUUCUCGGCCUACCUCUAUCACGCUGAGGGCCUCUCCGGCAGGAACCCCAGGCUGCUCUCGGACAUCGGCGCGCUGCUCUCGCAGCGGCACUGCUCGUGGCUCUUGGGCGCCGACUUUAACAUGGAGCCUCGCGUCAUCGAAGGCCCCUCGUUUGUCGCCGAGCUUCGCGUGUCCCUGGUUUUCCCCAAAGAGUGCACCCGCUACCCUGUCGGGGCCCCCGCGACCUUUGACUACUUUGUGGUGUGUGCGGGCCUGUCCAAGGGCAUUGGGAGGAUCGACGCGUGCUUGGAUACGGUCCACGAGGCCGUCGAGGCCGCCGAUGUCAAGUACGCGGCCAAGGGCCGCAGUGAAUGGACCUGUCGGAAGUUGACAGGAUCGUUCCUGAGCCCAGUGGAUCUUCCCAUGUCGGUCACCAAUGGCAGCAAUGGUCUGGCAUCUGGAGGUGCGUCGUCUGUCUUCGGGGUUGCAAAGCGAGCUCUCGACCCCGAGGUGGACGCUGCCCGCAGGUACAAGCACAUGACCUCGGCCUUCCUCGUGCUCCUCUGGCUCUUGUACAUUGCCCUCUCCUGCUGGCAGGCGCUGGCAAACCAGAGCCCUUGUGACUGA